UCCAAUGUCUUGCUCUGUGCCCAGGCAAAGUGAUGGACAGCAGAGCAGAGAUGGAGGUUGUGAGAAGCACAAAGGGGAAUGCUGCUGGGGAGGUCAGCGUCCAUGUGGUCACCACCGAGAGCACUGUGCAGAGCACCCACCUGCCAACGACUGCCUUCAUCAUACCAGCUUCAUUCCAUUUCCUCGUGUCCUAUCGCUGGUCACCAGAGAGAGGAGAUCAGCAUCCCCCCUCCGCUGUCCCCCUUGAGGAAGUCAUAGACUGCGAUGAGGGCACCCCUCAGCCUUCUCUUCUCCAAGCUGAACAAGCCAAGUGACCUCAGCUGCUCCUCCAAAUGCCACUACCAUCAACCUUCCCACGAGCACCUUAGAAAUUCAGCGAUUCCCCAGGGAACCACAGAGAAGCACAGGGGCCGAGAGGCCAGAAAGGGGAGCAGGGAGUGAGCCCAUCACAGCUACUGUCAUUCCCCAGAUCAGCGGGGUGCAGACCUGCAGCACAGUCCGUGUGCUGGAGUGGAAAGAUGGGGUGGCUACUUUGCCUGGGAGUAACCUGCGGUUUCGAAUAAAUGAGUACGGGACGCUGAAGGUGGUGAGUGCUGAUAAGAUGCCUCCAGCGGAAGCUAUAAAGGAGGGUCAGACAGAGAAAGAUGGGGACUCGGAGGUGGCACCCACCAGCAGGGACAAUCCUACUGCUCAGGAUGUGCCAGAGCAGACCAAGCUGCCAACAGCAGAAAGCAUGUGCCACUGUGAUACCUGUGGCCGGAGACAUGUGUCGGAUGGAGCCCGGGAAGGCAGGGGCUUCUGCAGCGAGCACUGUCACCAGCAGUUCAAAGAAAGGUCCGUCAUUGUGGAAAACUCUGCCAGCAGCAACAAUGCCACUGAAAUCCUAAAGCCGGUGAAGAAACGAAAGAGGAAGGACUACCAGAGCCCUUCAGAGGAAGAAUACGAAUCUGAGCAGAUGGAAGAAAAGCAGGAAGAGAGGAAAAACUCUGCAGGAGACACUGUCAUCAGCAAUCCAGAGGCUGAUGCGUGGAAUGGGAGCCAGCACGGUGCCAGUGAGGAGAAGAAAGAAGGCUGGUCUUGGGCGUCCUACUUGGAGGAGCAGAAAGCUGUCGCUGCCCCUUUAGAUCUCUUCCAGGAUUACCAAGUAGCUUCCCAGCACAAGAACGGCUUUAAAGUGGGGAUGAAGCUGGAGGGGAUCGAUCCACAGCACCCAUCUAUGUACUUUAUCCUGACAGUGGCUGAGGUGUGUGGUUACCGGAUGCGCCUUCACUUUGAUGGCUACUCUGAGUGCCAUGAUUUCUGGCUGAAUGCUGACUCCCCUGACAUCCACCCUGCUGGCUGGUUUGAGGAGACGGGGCACAAACUCCAGCCCCCGAAAGGUGUUGUAGGUUAUAAGGAAGAAGAAUUCAGCUGGACAAACUACCUGAAGAUAACAAAGGCUCAGGCAGCUCCUAAGCACCUCUUCAUGGUCCGAAACACUCAUGAGGCUUCCCCAGGCUUUGAGGUGGGCAUGAAGCUUGAAGCUGUGGACCGCAUGAACCCUUCCCUGAUCUGUGUUGCCACAGUGACUGACGUGGUGGACAAUCGCUUUUUGGUGCACUUUGACAACUGGGAUGAUACUUAUGACUACUGGUGUGACCCCAGCAGUCCAUACAUCCACCCAGUUGGAUGGUGUCAGGAGCAUGGCAAACCCCUCACACCUCCUCAAGAUUAUCCUGACCCUGACAACUUCACCUGGGAAAAGUACUUAAAGGAAACCGGAGCAUCUGCUGUCCCAGCUUGGGCCUUUAAAGUGCGCCCACCCCACAGCUUCCUGGUCAACAUGAAGCUGGAGGCAGUGGACAGGAGGACUCCUUCCUUCAUCCGAGUGGCCAGUGUGGAGGAUGUGGAAGACCAUAGGAUAAAGAUCCAUUUUGAUGGCUGGAGUCAUGUCUAUGACUUCUGGAUUGAUGCGGAUCAUCCGGACAUCCACCCCAUAGGCUGGUGCUCAAAAACUGGACACCCAUUGCAGCCCCCUCUCAGGCCAAAGGAACCAGCCUCCUCUGCCCAUGGGGGCUGCCCAACUCUGGGCUGCAAGAGCAUUCCUCACACCAAGAGCUCCAAGUACAGCUUUCACCACAGGAAGUGCCCCACACCGGGUUGUGACGGGUCAGGACACGUGACGGGGAGAUUCACGGCCCAUUACUGCCUCUCAGGGUGCCCACUGGCAGAGAAGAACCAGGGCAGGCUUAAGGCGGACUUGUCCGACACUGAGGCCUCAACUCGCAAGAGGAACCUGAUUGGCUUCCCUCAGCGAAAGAAAUCUCGGCACCACGGGAGAGGGCGACCUCCAAAGUACCGGAAGAUCCAGCAGGAAGACUUCCAGACUAUUUCUUCAGACAAUAUGCACCAAUCGCUCUUCAUGUCUGCCCUGUCUGCCCACCCCGACCGCUCCCUGUCGCUCUGCUGGGAGCAGCACUGCAAACUCCUGCCGGGUGUGGCUGGCAUCACAGCAACUACAGUGGCCAAGUGGACCAUUGAUGAGGUCUUUAGCUUUGUUCAGACUCUGACGGGUUGUGAGGAUCAAGCCAAGCUCUUCAAGGAUGAGAUGAUUGACGGUGAGGCGUUCCUCUUGCUGACGCAGUCUGACAUCGUCAAGAUUAUGAGUGUCAAGCUGGGCCCGGCACUCAAGAUCUACAAUGCCAUCCUCAUGUUCAAGAACGCUGAUGACACCUUAAAGUGACUUUUCUUGGCCCAACUGGGACACUCCCUCAGUACCGGUGCUGCCAAACUGUCUGGUCAGGACAGAGAUUCCCCCUGACCGAGUGCAGCUUGUCAUGUCCUGCUCAUGUCCUCUCGGGUGCCGCAUCUCCACUCUCCCAGCAGUCCAUCUCCCAUCCUCUCCCCUCCACUCCACACUGCCCUUCUCCUCCAGCACUGGAUACAGGCUUGACCCCAAGCCUCAGGGGUGGCUGCAGGGACAGAGGGUGGGCAUGGGACUAGCCUGUUCUAGCGUGAUAGCUGCCCCCCAUGUCCUGCUGUGACUGCAGUGAUUCAGGGGGGGAGGGGGGGUGUUGAGGGACAGAGGAGCAGUGCGGAGGGUGUAGCAGCUGGGGGCUGACACCACUACUGAAGUCACGCAGGUAAGGGAAGGGACUGACUGCGUAUGUACUUGCACCCGUUUAAAGGCUGGUCUUGGCUUUGCUCAGCAGCUGAGUUUGGGGUUUUUUGUUUGUGUUUUUUUUCUUCAGUGUGUUCCUCUGGAGCAGCUUGUGCUAACAUUGUUUCCAAGGGAUGCUCUCAAGGAGCUUCUGCUCACUUUGCCUUUUUCUCUGAAUUCUUUUGACUUUCCCUUUUAAGGCCAGAUGGCAAUUUUGCUUUGCCCCUUCACUGCACUGGGAACCAGUGGUCCACCUCUUGUCCCUUCCAGGGAGCAAUGUGUCCUGGCUGCUGCUCUGCCCACAACCAGCAUCUGUGCUUUAUUCCUCUUUACUGAAUGCAGCAGCCCCAGUGCCCCGUGGGGCCAGGGCUGGGUGGGUAUAGAACAAGCUCCGUUUCCUCUUGCACUUUAGACUGUCUUGGCCAGCAUGUCUGUGGGAGAAAGGAUGCUUGGUUAACUUGUGUCCCUUGAAGCAAUUAAAAAAUCCUCUGCAAAGGAGAGUUGAGCCCUCUUUGGCCCAUGUAUUAGGAACAAGGCUCUUUCUAGAGCGGAGACAGCUGCCAAGGACAAGAAGCAUCCAUUCCUCCGUAGGCAGAUCCAUGGCUCGCUUCUGAAGUUGUUCCUGAGUUGGGUGACUCGAUCCUGCUGAGCCACCUUCUCCCCCUUUUUUGCCCUUGCGAGGCCCCCAGGUUUUGCUGUCUGAAGAGCAAGAUCUGCUGUCCCUGGAUUCCUUACCUGCAGAGCUAAAAGAAAUUCAACAGUUAACUCUCUUUUUCUGUCCUUUUAGUAACACAGCACCUUUUCAGUAAGGGUGCAGGCGUUUGGGGAAUGUCCAUGUAAUGCUGUCCCUUGUAGUGGAGGAGAAGCCAAGUAGGCUAGGACUCCAGAGCCAGGAAAGCCAACAUGCCUGGGAGGUUCUGGCAGAGUCCCAUGCAGCUUCUGAUAGUCCCUGUGUCUCCUGGCAUUGCCCAGGCUGCUCUCGCCAUGGUCUGUCAUCCUGUGCAUGCCUGCUGUGGGUGCUGUUGGAGCAGUGGUGUGGCCAUGCAGUGCUGGAGGGCGGCCACCUGCCCCGAGGGCUCUCCAUAGUCUGCAGUGAUGUGAGCCAGGUCCCACAUCCACUUUCUUUCCCAUUCCCAAGAAUGACGUAUCAGUAGCAAAACAAUUUUUCCCCCUUUCCCAGUGCCCAAAGACAGGGAUGAAGGGUUCUUAGCAAGUGCACCAGCAAUGUGUCUUGGAGCAGCACUGCCUUGGGAGCCGCUGUCACACCUUGGUCAAUCUGUUCUAGGCUUCCCAUGGAAAUGUAGCAUUUUUUGACUCUGUUAUUGAAUAUUUGGGAUCACGUUUGACCUGCUCUUGAAACAUCUGCUGCUUGCUCUUCACGCAGGACUUGCAACUAGUCUGUGUAUUUUUGUCAAUGCUUGGGUUUGAUUUAGGUAGCUCUUCCUCUCCUUUCCUUUUUUUCUUCCAUCUCUUCAAGCACUGCAGUGCGGCCAGCUGUGGAGAGGGGGAGAGUGGGAAGGAACAGCUGUGUCCCUGGGUCCCACAGUCACCCCCCAGGUUGCCCUUGAUCUGCAGUAAAUGGUCCUGAAGUUGGUCUCUUCAGUUGAUGGGGAGUCUCUUUCUGGGCCACUGUGUGCUGGGGGAGCAGAUGAGCCCUGUGAUCUUCAGCUGUGAGACUGUGCAAACAGUGCUGAGACCUCUCCAGGUGUGAUCUGGAAUGGAAAGGCUCCCUUGCACAGGACAUGGUUAUUGAGCUUAUAAGGAAACAUCUCAUGAAAGCAUCCUAUUCUCAUCUGCUCCAUUCUCUCAUGCUAGGUCAUUCCUCCUGUUGGGGAAGGGACUAAGCACUGUCACUGGGUGCUGGGAGACGAGUUGCUACCCAGGUGUCAGAUCUGAAACAAGCGUGAAGGAUGGGGAGCUUUGUCUCUCACAGGGCUGCCCUGGAGAGCAGAGGUGGUGGUAAGCUCAGAAGACCCCUGCUGAAGGGGAAGGGGAGCCAUGAUCCAAGCCAUGGGUGGCCCCCAAGACUGGGUACAACCAACACCAUCAGCUCUUGCUCUGCUGUUGGGUGCAAUCAAGCUGUGCUCUGCUUGGGCAGCAGCAAAACAGGCAGAAGUGCAUGCUCCAGACUGUGCCAGUCAUGGGCAUCAGCAGUAAGCUGUGCCCAUGAGGCACUGCCUUACCUGGGCUCUUAUGCCCUCCCUCUAAGAGAGCAGAUGCAAACUGGACAGGACUGCCAAGGUGCUCCCCCUUGGCUGUGGGGUCUGGCUGCACAGCUGGACCCCAAGCCUCUGCUGGGUCUGAGCUCUGUGCAGGGAGCAGCUCUCCGGAAAACCGGCCCCACUUGGAAGGGUGAUGCGAGAUGUGAGGGUCCCUGUUGGACACACUUGCCUGCUGUCUUGAGCAUCAGUUCCUCAGCCUCUUGGGCUGACUCAGCCAUUUGGGUACAAAGCUUCUGGAUUCAUCUGGGUGAGAGGUACAGGGUUUGUAGGUGGUCAAGGGCUAUUUACUGUUAAAACUUAGAACCUUCUUGUUUCCUUUAAAACCAAACUAAACCCAAAGCAUUGUGUGCGUAUGUGUGGAUGGGUGUUUGUGGCGGUACCGCGAUGCCAUUUCCCCUAGUGUUGGUGUGUCACUGUUUUAAUGCGGUGGUCUCUGUGGCUGUGGAGGCGGCAGGCUAUGGUCCCAGGGUCUCAGGCGAUGUGUCCUCCAUGAGCAGAAGUUAUCUCUGGUCCCAGCAGGGAAGCCAGGAGAAGGAAGGUCUGCUGUACCCCUGGCCUUGGCAGGUCCUCCGUCUCCACAGAGCAUUGUUUGGGAGUCCCCCCCUCAGGGAACAUCAAGGGCAGCUGUGACCAAGGCAGAAGCACCAAAGUUUUUCAUCCUUCCCCUGUUGCCUGACCAAACUCCUCACAGGGCUGUCCACUGCCAUGUCACUAAGAAGCUGGAGAGGACAAUGGGGCUGAGUGGCCCACAGGUUCUUCUCUUGGGUCUUUCUGAGAGAUGUGGCUGCAGCCAAAAUUUGUAAGUCAGUGAAGAAUUUUUCAAGUCAAAUGUUUUUUUGAGUGGAGGACUCCAAGCCUGUGCUCCUGUCAUUCCUGCCCCUGCAGCAGAUGGUGUUGGCAGGGCUUAGCUGGAGCCAUGGGAGAUGUCCUACCACGUGCUUCAGCCUUGGGCAUGGAGUGUCUUCUGGGGCGGCUGGUCUGCAGGUGACUCCAGGUGCAUGGGAGCAGUUGGAGCCUCUCAGGAAGGUGUUUCUCCCUCCUCAUGGAAACGGGCAGCAUUGUGACGGUGCAAGGCCAAGGUCUCCGUUUCUGUGAGAGCAGCCAGCCUGAAGCUCAGUGAGGAGGGCAGCCUUGCCUGCCUCUGCCUUCUUCCAGUGAUUUCCAUGUCGAUCACAAGCACUUUUAGAAAAGAAAGAAACCCUCCAAAUUGUCUAGGAGGGUUGAAGGCUUAGGGCAGCUGCUGCCUGCAGACGCAAACCUGGGGACAUGAGUGCAAUGAGGGGCAUUGGAGAAGAGGAGGGAGCUGUGAGAGGGAUGUGACUUGGCCGCUUCUGCUCCUCUGUUCCUCACUCCAUAACCUCCAGGGGGGGACCCAUCAGUGCAGAGGAGAGGGAAAGACCUGAGGGCUGCGACCUAGCUCCUUUUCUCCAAUCCACCCCUUCCCUCUGGGGCCUAAGGCUCGCUCCUCCUUGGAGGGAGGAAAGAGGGACGUAUUUUGGAAGGAGCGAGAUUAUGAUAACAAAAGCUUUUUUGCACUUUCAUUCAUUUUGCACUUGUUUUUAAUUUCUUUUUUCUGUGUUUUUGGUAUUCGCACCUCCUCUUUGUGUUUUCAUAACAAAAAUACUUUUGUUGUAGCCAGUGAAGCUAUUCUGGAACUUUGUGUCCUGAGUAUACAGAGGUUUAAAGGUUCUAUAUAUAUAAAUUUACAUCUGUAUAAAAGUAAAUUUAUAUAUAUAGAUCAUGGUGUGAUGUGUUCCGUCAGUGUUUUAAAAAUAAUAAACGAAUGUGAGCAAUGGAA